GCGCUAUUUAGUUUAUGACCGCCUCCUCGUUAUUCACUUUGAUAAUAAUAAUUUUACAAUAUUAUGCUUAUGUAUUAAUUUGAUAUCUAGAUAGGUUACCCAUUGCAAUAUCUUCAUCAAUAUGAGUAAAAGUUUAAAAGCUCGAAUUGGACCCUCCAUACUCAACGCGGAUUUAUCAAAAUUAUAUGAAGAAUCUCUAAAACUGCUAUCUAAUGGUGCAGAUUACCUUCAUUUGGAUGUAAUGGAUGGUCAUUUUGUUCCCAAUCUUACUUUCGGACAUCCAGUGGUCAAAUGCCUUCGAUCCAAAAUAAAAGAAGCUUUUUUCGAAACUCACAUGAUGGUCUCAAAACCUGAACAAUGGAUUGCACCUAUGGCUGAUGCAGGAGUUGAUCAGUACACAUUUCACAUAGAACCUAUUACAAAUGUUGAAGAAGUAUGCAGAAAAAUAAAAGAGAAUGGAAUGAUGGUUGGCUUAGCAAUAAAACCAGGGACACCUGUUUCUACAGUUGAGAAAUACAUAAGUUUAGCAGACAUGGUUCUGAUCAUGACAGUGGAACCAGGGUUUGGGGGACAGAAGUUCAUGGAGGACCAGAUGGAGAAAGUGAAGUAUCUGAGAGAACACUACCCAUUGCUGAAUAUCGAGGUUGAUGGUGGUGUUGGCCCAUCAACAAUUGGCUAUUGUGCUAAUGCUGGAGCAAACAUGAUAGUCUCAGGAACUGCUGUGAUUGGUUCAGAAGAUCAAGGUGCUACUAUCAAACUAUUGAGAGACACUGUUGAAGAUGCUAUUGCGAAGCGGUGAAGUAUAUCAUAAGUACACAAAUUACAUUCCUAACAAUAGGAAAUUGGUCUUCCAAAAUAUAUUUUUAUUAGGGUUUUACCUUGGAAAUAAAAAAAUAUGUUGUAA